GAAGUUUACUUUCCUACGCGCAAGCGAUGCAGCGCACCAUCGUGACACUGAUGUGCAUAUCGGGGGGGCUUAACUUGCUCUUUCGCAUGGGCAUCCAUCUCGGUGGCAGCCACAUCCAGUUUCACGAGCUCCUGGCAACACGCACAGUUCGCAUGUACCGCGGCAUUCAGCCAUCGCCCGUGCCAUGUCCUGUCGGCAUGUAUCGCCCUGUAGGGAGCGGUGUGACAAUGUCCGAAUGCCAAUUUUGCCCCCGCGGGGUGUACGGUAACCUGCCAGGGCUCACGACAAGCACGUGCACGUCGCUGUGUCCGAAGGGCACGUACAACGACAAACUGGGCGCCACGUCCAUCGACGACUGCAAGCCCUGUCCCAAGGGCACGUACGGACAGUCGACGGGCAUGACGUCCAAGGUCUGCACCGCCCCCUGCCCGCUGGGCUCGUACAGCAUGACCGAAGGGCUAAGCAGCGUGUCCAGCUGCGUGGCGUGUCCUGGGGACUACAGGGGCCCCAACGGACGUCGCGGCAACAAUCUGAAUGGGUUUGCCACGGGGGGCUACGCGUGCGACCGGUACUACCUGGGCAAGGAUGUCCCAUCAGGCCGCAAUGCAAAGUACCUCGCGGCAACGUUGGACUAAUACACACUUGAGAAUUAAAUGAC